AUGAUGGAGCGUUUUGUUGACUCCUUCACAACGGUUACCGUGAAAAUGCAUUCUGACAUCAAUGCGACCGCAGAGCAAGUGCCAGCGCCGCAUGCAUGGCAUCCUGAACAAGACGAAAGAGUGCGCGAAGAGGAGAAGGAAAAAAGGGGGCUACGACGAAUACGUAUAAGAGCAACAAACAGUGGGAGGCUGUCCGGCGUAUGCAACGUGGGAUGUUACAGUGAAGUUGCGGGCUUCCGUAGUCUUGGAGGAGGUCGAAAGUGCUUGCUUACUGCUCAGGACAUGCAGGCGAGACCAAGCAAUGACGACAGGUUGGCUGGACGGAAGGCACGGAGCAGCUGCCGCUCAUUACUUCAAUCCCCUUUUGCGUCUUGGGUUUGUCGAAAGAGACUCUCCUCCGUCUCGUCCUCUGCGUGGUCAGUGAACGGUGCAUGCCGCUCGGCGCUUUCUUUCCCACUUGCCAUUGAUCACGAGGAGGAUGAACGCUACCACCACAACUUUAUCCGAGGCGAAGGCUGCCCGCUUGACGAGAAUGGCCGAUUUGCAUUUGUGCCAAUUCAUAUAUUUGUGUCACCCGCCGCAAAUUUAUUGGCGUUGGAACGCUACUGUGUUAUGGCGCACGCAGCAGUGUUGUCCUCCUUGUUCGUGGAGGGGCGCACGGUGUGUUGUACCACAAAUCACUCUUUGCUUAAGGAUUAUGUCACGUUUCUUUUUGAGGAAUUGGUCGAGGAUGGCUGGGUGUCCGUGUCUUUGUGCGAGGAAUCUCAUCGUCCCUACGUACCUAGUUGGGCUAUCAAUGAAGGUGUCUUGGUGGUGCUGCCGCCCAGAGAAGGGAAGUCAUUUUCCCAGCGUGACCUGCGUAACAUGGCAGGCAUGAUUCACCAGUAUGCUCCAGGUAGUGUUCUCGUUGAUGCAUUUCCGUGUGGGCAGAUCUCCCACUACAUCAAAGCUUUGAAAGAGGAAGAUAUCAAAGGAGCAGGCAUCUGUUGUCACUUCAGAAACGGAGGCUCAGUGGCGUGUAUCAUGGCUUACUGUUCCACCAUCCACGAUCUUUGA